GCAGAGGGCGAGAGAGCGGAGGGAGAGACGGAGUGAUGGCGACACUGAGGCGAUUCCUCUGGUUUCUGCUGGUUCUGUCGUUCACAGAAUCGUCUCAGUCUGAGCUUGUGAGAGAAGGAGAAGAGGCUUUUUUAACUUGUCCCAAAGUUGAACCAGGACAGAGUCAGUGUAAACAGACCUCAUGGGUGUUUUCUCCAGUCAAUGGAGGUCAUGUAGUGGACCUGAUCACUUUGGGACACAUCAGCUCUGGUGUCCCCACACUCUCAGAACAACUUAAAGUCUCUGACCUGUCCAAGCGUCUCACACUGACAGAAAAGUGUGGUCUGAAGAUCUGUCAUGUCCACCCUCAGGAGGCUGGACUCUUCCAUUGUUCGCAGCACCGCAAAGAUGGAUCAACCAUCUCUGCAUCUGGUGCAAUCCCUCUGUCUGUGGUCUCAUUGACUGAAGAAAAGGAGGAGCAGAGUCUGAAUCUCUCCUGUGUUGUCUCUUUUCCUCCUUCGUCUGAGAUCACUGUCAGAUGGUUGUACAACAACACUGUCUUGAACGACGACAAAGAUCGAAUAAAGAUCACACCUCUGAGCAGUGGAUCCAUGCUCAGUAUUUCAAAACAUGUCCUUCUUCAGGAGAAACAUCGGAUCAAAUGUGAAGUGAAAAGAAAUGAUGAGACUAAAGAGUUCAGCUUCAAACCCAACACCUCCAAGAACCCAGAUCAAACAAACAUGAAUGAGAAUGAAGAGAACAACAACAGGAACACCUCAUCUGGGGUCAAAGAUUGGCAUUGGGCAGUUUUAGCUGGAGCUCUGGUUCUUGUGAUUCUUGUAGUGGUGCUGAUCUUCUGGAGGAGACUCAGAGCAAAACCUCGAGACCCGAGCACGGCUCCUCAGGUCACACAUCCAGCCCCUCAGACUGAACUUGAGGAUGGAGUGUCCUACGCCACCAUCAACUACAACAGGAAGCAGAGAUCUGAGGUCAGAGAGAGUGAGGAGGCAGUGACCUACAGCUCAGUGAGAACCAAAGCCUCUGAAGAUCAUCUCUACGCCACAGUUAACAAUACAGCUAACAAAACCAGCUAACAAAAUAACAAAAGCAGCUAACAAACCAGCUAAACAAUCAGCAAACAAACCCAGCUAACAAACCAUCUAAAAAAACAGCAGACAAAACGCCUAGCAAAACCAGCUAACAAAACAGCUAACAAACAAUCUAAAAAAACAGCAAACAAAACACCUAGCAAAACCAGCUAACAAACAUCUAAAAAAACGGCAAACAAAACACCUAGCAAAACCAGCUAACAAACAUCUAACCUAUAGACCGUCAGUGAACAAGCCAACGAAACCCAAACUAACCAACGCACAACAAAACUAACUCGAGAGGAGACGAGUCAGCUCUAUAUGUCGGCGCCCCAGUCAACAAACCUGACAUAACUGAAGCUCAACAAACCCAGGACACUGCAGGUCACUGGACCAAUCCACCUUAAACCAAGACUAGUGUCAUGAGGCAGGAAAGUUCUGUAGUUUUUAAAAGUUUCAUGAAGUAUUUAUUUAUUGUUUGCUUGUGUUUUGGAAAUAUGGCUUUUAUGUAAGAUGAAUGAAUUGAGGUUUUAAAUGUCAUUCAUGCAUGUUUGAGUAAUCUAGAGAUCUCUCCCGCCCUACUCAAACCCUCCUUAUGGUUAACAGUACAAAGCUCCGCCCACAAGCCUACAUCGCCCAUGCUCCAUAAAUAUACAAAAACAUGAUACAAAACUGUACACAGCAACUUGAUACACAUGAUGCAAAUUCAAAUACCCCUCUUCAAUACCCCACAAACAUCAAAUACCCCUUUUUAAUAUCCAUAGAUGUCAAAUACCCCCCUUAAUACCCCAUAGAAGUCAAAUACUCCUCUUUAAUACCCCAUAGAAGUCAAAUACUCCUCUUUAAUACCCUAUAGAAGUCAAAUACCCCUCUUUAAUACCCCAUAGAUGUCAAAUACCCCUCUUUAAUAUCCCAUAGAUGCCAAAUACCCCCUCUUUCAUACCCCCCAGUCUCCUUCCUGUUCCAUAAUCCUGACUGUACAUAUUCCACUCUUCAUAAACUUAAGAUAAAUGGGUUCAACAUCUUAACUAUCAAACUUAUAAAAUUAGACAGUUCUUUAAUGAUGCUCUUUUCUGAUAUAUUUCAAAUCCAAAUUCUAUCUCACAAUUGUUUUCUUCUCAGGAAAGAAAACUCAAACAAUCUAUUUGAAACUUCCCAUUCCCCCUAAAGCUAAGGAAGUCCAUUUUAAAAGUCUAAAGAACUGCUCGGACAGCGUUUUGGGAUGGAGGACAGUUGUUGUUCUGUGAUGUAAAUAUUGAAUCGACAGAGCACUUAUUUUUUGAAUGUAUGUUUUCUAAAGCCUUUUGGGACGAUAUUCACUACUGGCUCUUUCCCAGGAAGACUUUACCAUCAAGGACAUAAUCUUUGGUACAAAAAUGUGAAAUGAUUUUGAAUGUAAUCUUUGUUAUGGGUAAAUUCUUUAUCCACAAGUGCAGGUUCUUAAAAACCAAACCAUCCAUUCCUCAUAUUCCAUAAAAGUAAUGUUCAUUUACAAAAGGAUUACGGGUCUGCUCCUCCAUAUCUAAGCACGUAUAUUCAACAUAAAACUGAUGGACAUUAUGCUCUGCGAUCACAAAACUACAUGCUUCUUUCUGUCCCAAGUGUCCGCACAGAGACUGGUAAAGUGACAUCUCAAUAUUCUGCACCUUCAACAUGGAAUAAUUUACAAAAAGUCUUGAAAUUAAAACUGACUUCAAUAGUUCAGUUUAAAUCUAUGUUAAAAGGUUUGGAAAUUAAGUCUAUGAUUUGUAAUUGCUUUUAAGAAUCCAUUUUAUGAUGUGUUGAAAUGUGUGUGUAAUGUAAUGUAACUGUGCUGCUGUGUUGGCCAGGACUCCCUUGAAAAAGAGAAUUGUAAUCUCAAUGGGACUUUCCUGGUUAAAUAAAGGUU